AUGAAGGAACAUCAAAGACUCUGCAGAAAAAUGGAUACCGAAAGAUCAGAACUAGCGGAAUACAUCGCAUGGAUUGGACACGAGAUCAAUUGGAAGGCAACAGAAAGAAGAGCUCCAUACGGUGACAACACGGGGAAGCGCAAGAUUAGGGAGGCCAGUGACUUCGUUGGAGAGACAAAUCUAAUGAACAGGAGAUGCCUGGAUCAAGGAUCUAGCGCUAACCGGAGGAAAAGUGAUCACGAUGAGGAAAGUGGGGAGUUGCGGUUUUCGGCAGUAAAACGAAGAUGCCCAUUUCGAAAAAACCAGCACAAAUUUAGGGUCCUGGAAGUCAGGGAGCUGGGCAGACAGAUCAGCAAACUGUCAAAAAGAAAUAGCGCCUGGAGUGAGAUGCACACUGGCACUGGAGCCGAGUGA